UGCCUCUGCAGUGGUGCAUCCUGUUUGCUAUGUAGCUGCUGCCCCAACAGUAAGAAUUCUACUUUGACCCGCCUUAUCUAUGCAUUUAUUCUCUUCCUGGGCACUGUUGUAUCCUGUAUCAUGCUGACAGAAGACAUGGGAACUCAGCUGAAGAAAAUUCCUGGAUUCUGUGACGGAGGGUUUAAAAUCAACAUGGCUGAUAUCAAGGAGAAUAAAGAUUGCAAUGUGCUGGUUGGUUAUAAAGCUGUGUAUCGGAUCAGCUUUGCCUUGGCCAUCUUUUUCUUUGUCUUCUUUCUGCUCAUGUUAAAAGUAAAAACGAGUAAGGAUCCCAGAGCAGCAGUACACAAUGGGUUUUGGUUCUUCAAAAUUGCUGCCAUUGUUGGUAUCAUGGUUGGAUCUUUCUACAUUCCUGGGGGUCAUUUCACUACAGCAUGGUUUAUUAUUGGCAUGGGAGGUGCUUUCUUCUUCAUCCUCAUCCAACUGGUGCUUUUGGUCGAUUUCGCUCACUCUUUGAAUGAGUCAUGGGUAAAUCGAAUGGAAGAAGGAAACCCAAGGAUCUGGUAUGCUGAUCAUUCCUGCAACCCUGGCCUGCUGAGUAUCAUUACACAUAUAACUGCACCAACCUUGGCUCCUGGAAAUUCAUCUGCUGUAGCCCCUACAUCUGCUCCACCACUGAAGAGUGGGCCUUUUUUAGAUUCAGAGACUUUUAUUGGACUGGUGGUCUUUGUGCUCUGCCUUUUGUAUUCUAGCAUUCGCACUUCCAACAAUAGCCAAGUGAACAAGUUGACCCUGUCAGGGAGUGACAGCGUGAUCCUCAGUGAUACAGCUACCAGUGGUGCCAACGAUGAAGAAGAUGGACAGCCUCGGCGGGCUGUGGACAACGAGAAAGAGGGAGUGCAGUACAGCUACUCCUUCUUCCAUUUCAUGCUCUGCUUGGCUUCCUUGUACAUCAUGAUGACCCUGACAAGCUGGUACAGCCCUGAUGCAGAGUUCCAGAGCAUGACCAGCAAGUGGCCAGCUGUAUGGGUAAAGAUCAGCUCUAGCUGGUUCUGCCUCCUCCUUUACACCUGGACCCUUGUGGCUCCGCUCAUCCUCACCAGUCGGGACUUCAGCUGA